AUGAAUAGCACAAGAUCGAACACAACCAAAUUCUACACCGAGAGACCUUGGUAUCUCUCACUUUACAUGCUACCGCUUGUAUUUGCACCCCUACUCGCCCUAAGUCGCAUCUGGUACGAACUCGGAAUAGUCUUAUUGACUUCUUCCCUGUGCCUGUUUCUUGCAACUUACUGGUCCAGCAAAAUCCACAUCUUUGAAUGCUUCACUGAGCACAAAGACCUCUCUCAGCUCUCUACCAUCGAAAAUCUCUUCAUUUUCUACCAGAAUGAAAUAUGCAGAAUAUUCAAGGAGGAUUUCAAGAAAGAAGGCCUGAAGAUGUUUUUCGUUUUCAAUAAUGAGAAAUAUUUCAUAGAGAAUUUGAAUAACAAAACAGUCAAAAAGAUAUCACCACAGUGGAACUACACGCUACAAGAGCUGAUGAAUGGCGACUACUGUCAGAAAUACCAGGAUCAUUUCCCCAAGAACACGCUCCAGUUCCCACGUCGCACGUUCGUCUCCCUCUUCAAGGAGCAGAUCACAAGCCCCCUCUUCUGCUUCUCGAUCUUCUCAUCGAUUCUGACACUCUUUGACGACUACGUCCUGAACUCGCUCUUCUCAAUUGCAGUCUCCUUUGGGGCUGAGGGCGCCAUGACACUGAAUCACCUUGUCACGCUCAAGAUGUUCCAGAACUACGAGAUUGUCGAAACCCCUGUCACUGUGAUCAAAAAGAAGUCAGAAACCAAAAUCAGCUCCACUGCCCUGGUUCCUGGUGACGUCAUCGUCCUCAGCAACCAGAAGUCUUCUGUCACCUGCGACAUGCUCAUCCUCGAUGGCAGUGCCGUCGUGAACGAGGCGAUGCUCUCAGGCGAGUCGGUUCCACUGGUCAAAAACGCAGUCUCAAACUCCAAAACCAGCGACUUCUUUGACGAAUCGAAGCACAAAAAGCACCUGCUUUUUUCAGGCACCGAAGUCCUCAAAGUCCUCCAGCCCACAAAGUGCCUUGUUCUGAAAACGGGCUUUGAGACUGAAAAGGGGAUUCUUCUGAACAAGAUGCUCCUCUCAGACGAGCUGAAGUACGACAAGGAGGCACUGAAGUUCGUCAUUGCACUUUCGACAAUCUCAGUCCUUGCAUCAAUUCUGAUGUUCUUCUACAGCACCAAAAGAGGCCACGCCCUCUUUCUCGACAUCGUGAUCCUCUUCACCAACUCAAUUCCGUUUGAGCUGCCCCUUGAAAUGGGCACAUCUGUCCAGAUGGCCGUUCGAUCACUCUUCCUAAAGGGAAUCUACUGCCUGGAGCCCUACCGAAUUCAGCAGGCUGGGAAGCUGAAUGUCUGCUGCUUUGAUAAAACAGGAACUCUGACUGAAAACACCCUGAAACUAAUUGAUGUAGUCCAAUUUGAGGAUGAUUCAUACACUGACUUCCUUCUGAGUUGCUGUAACGAUCUCCAACUGAUUGAAAACAAGUUUGAUGGUGAUCCACUCGACAUGGCCAUCUUCGACUACCUGCAGAAGAAGAAUCGCUUUGUUUCUGAUUUCACGAAGGUGGCUGAAUACCCGUUCAGCUCAGAAAGCAGGCGUCAGUCUGUGAUUGUCGAACACGGUGGAAGACGAUUUCUGGUUACAAAGGGAGCACCAGAAACAGUAGCAAAACUGCUAGAAAGUGAGGUAACAAAUUAUGACGAAUAUGAAGAAUACGCAAAAGAGGGCCAUCGAGUCAUAGCAGUUGCGUACAAGGAGAUAAGUGGUCGAUACAGUGUCACACAGGAGGAGAAGAACGAGAUGGACCACAGCAACCUGACAUUUUGCUGCUUUCUUCUUUUUGGAACUGAAAUUAAGGAAUACGCGAAGGAGACUGUGAGGCAGCUGAUAGGAAGCAACCAUCGUGUGGUGAUGAUCACAGGAGACAACAGGCACACGGCCCAGUCAGUCGCAGCCCGCCUGGGAGUGGGCGGCGAGAUCGCAGUUGGCUCCGAAAUCGACUCGGUGCUUCAAACAAGUCGAGUUGGUGAAUACGGCGUAUUUGCCAGGGCAGAUCCGUCCCACAAGGAGCGGAUUGUGGAGUGGUACAGGCGAGCAGGGAAGAGGACGAUGAUGGUUGGAGACGGAACCAACGACGUCGGGGCGCUGAAGGCGGCCGACGUGGGCGUCGCAGUCUUAGCCUGUUCUAAGGAGUCGUCUCCUGCGCAUGAAUCCACUUUAAGCUUAACUGAGACUGUUUCGCAGUUCAAGCCUGGAGAUGCGUCAGUGGCUGCGCCAUUCACGAUUCGGUCGAGCAGCCUGCGCCCAGUCAUCGACAUCGUCCUCCAGGGCCGCUCCUCUGCCUCCACGACUGUCCAGAUGUACAAGAUCCUUGCCCUGAAUUCGCUUAUUUCUGCCUUCACAAUUGGCCUACUCGACCUCUUUGAAAUCAAGUUCAGCGAGAAGCAGAUGCUCUCACUUGGCGUCCUGAACUCCCUCGCCUUCAACGCGAUCAGUCGCGGCAAGACGCUCGACGUCGUAGACGGCCGCCGCGUUGCCGACUCGAUCUUCAGCACCGGCCUCGUCUGCAGCGUCCUGCUCCAGGGCGCCCUCCACACCCUCUGCUUCGUUGCCCUGGUCUGGCUCUUUGGCGACGAUGCUCUCGUGGUCCGCUACUUCACUGGUCACAAUUUAUCAAGUGAAUCAACCAAAUCAGGUGAGUCAACCAAGUUUGCCCCUGGUUCCCUGAAUACGGCUGUAUUUGCCCUAGGAAUGGUUCAGACCAUUGCUACAUUUGCAUUCAACUACAUUGGUAGACCAUUCAGGGAGGAUAUUUCUGAGAAUCCAAUGCUCCUGCUCUCUCUUGUUUGCAUGCUUGGAAUUCCACUGAAUAUCAUUCUGAAUAUCCAUGGAGACCUGAACGAGUGGCUUGGAUGCGUUGAUCUCGGUGGAAGGAAGAGUGGACUGAUUGGAUUGUGUGUUGCAAUGAUUGGGCUGACUUGGAUCAUCGAUUUGGUUUGUAAGGACAGGAUGCUACACAGGGGUGAAAAGAGUAGUAAGGGUAGUAAUAAGGGUAGUAAGGAUAGUAGUAAUAAUAGUAGUAGUAAGGAUAGUAAGAAGAAUAAGUAG